AUGCCCGCUCCGCCGGAUGAGCGAAAGCGGUGUCAUAACCCAGAAUGCACGUUUUUGGUGCACGUCAACCCGGCAAAGAUGGGAAGCUUCUGCUGCAAAAAGUGCCAUCAGCACUUCAGCCAAGCUGGCAACGUUGAAAGCAAGAAGCCGCUCUCCCACGGCGAUCUUUGCGGAAAGACCGUAGCACCCGAGGGCCGCGAAGUUGCAGCCUUCGCUGCGCCAGAUGCGCCAAUGCCACAGGCAGGAAGCGCCAAAGGCAACCGACAAGCCAAAAAACGAAAGAAGUAUGAACCGGAGACGCAGCAGCUUUUGCAUCCUGUGGACGCGAAGCCUAGCGGGAUAUGGAUGGAAGGCGGGGGCAGGAUGGAAUGCGGGGGCGAGACAAGGCAAUCUCUGAGUCAGAGUCCUUCCCGCAAAGCUCAUGAGACCAGCGAGAACUGGGGCAGCCAGCGAGACGGGCGACUUCCUAGACCCGCGAGCGGGGCGAAAAGUCGUUCGGCAGGGGCCGAGAACUCGGUCAGAGAAGGAGCGAGCACAAUGCAGAGCGCAAGGACCAGCGUGGACGCACUGCAAAGUCCAAGCCAUCAAGACAGCUUGGCGAACCAGAUCAAAGAUUUGUUCACAUAUCCUAAAGGGAGAGCCCAAAGCGACGAAGAGAGCUGCAGUUCGUCCGGGUCUUCGCCCUCUGUUCGCCUUCACGCCGUUGAUGAUGAACGGCCAGCAAGCCGUUCAAGCACUGAGUCGGAGUCUGACUCUGAUGAAUGCCAUAGAGCAGCUGGUGCAGCUGCCGUCUCCUCGAGGAACCUGGAGACAGCCCCCCGCAAAAUCAAAGUAGAGUCAGAGCGCGAUGCAGAAGAGCGCUCCAAAAGCCAACGAACUUCCUUGCUGGCAGAGGCCUACUCUUCAUAA